AUGGCUGUGAAAGGCAACAAGAUGGGUCCGGGUCUAGUUAUGGCUCUUGUGGUGGUCCCAGCGCUGCUCUGUGCAGGAGCCGCAGCUCAAUCCGGAUGCACCAGUGCGAUCAUAGGCCUCUCGCCAUGCCUCAGCUUCUUGACGGGGAGCUCGUCCACCCCGUCCUCCUCGUGCUGCUCCCAGCUGGCCAGCGUGGUCCAGUCGCAGCCGCAGUGCCUUUGCACGGUCCUCAACGGCGGCGCGUCCUCCCUCGGCAUAACCCUGAACCAGACCCUGGCCCUUGCGCUCCCCGGCGCCUGCAACGUCCAGACCCCGCCCGUCAGCCAGUGCGACCCUUCCGGCGGAACCGUUGCUGCAGCUGGCUCGCCAGAGAGUUCGCCGAGCAACGUUACAGGGGGAUCCAAAGAAGUUCCAUCAACUGCAGGAAGUUCCACCAGCCACGGAAUCGCGAAGCUGCCGCCACUUCCUCUCGCAGUGCUCUCGGUCUUCAUGGCGACCUUUGGAUAUGUCCCCAUGGCUAUCUGAAUUUCUACA